AUGUCCACCAACUGGCCCUGGGCUCCCCGGAACCGCUCCAACACCAACCCCACACCCGACAAUUGGAGCCACAAAAAGAGCCCCUUCCAACUGAACCACAGAAUGGACCCCAACCAACACAACGACCUCCUGUACGGAGAUGAUGCGCCACCCUUGGCCAAUCCAAUCCCCUCAUGGCUGCUGGACGACUCCGAUUACAAGGAUCUCAAGCCCACCCCCGUCAUGAACAACAUGGCCGCAACCACCAUGCAGUUCCCUGCAUUUGCACCUCGAGUCAAUCAUCACCAACCUUCGAUUUAUAACUACCAGGAACCACCACGACCACGAAACCUGCCCUUGCCCGUGCCCACACGCAACUUCCAGCCCUCCCACCUGGGCACCCAGUCCAUCUCGCAGGAGCUGGAGGAGGCCCGUCGUCGGCUGCAACAGUUGCAAGGGCUGGAAGCGCAAAGCAAAGAAAACGCACCGCAAACCCAAUCCAUCUACGAACCCGAAGUGUUCACCGCUGAUGCACAAUGGGAUGCGCCCAUCCAGCACUCAUCCUUCAGUGCUCCACUGUCAACCCCUUUCUGGGACCGUCUUGCAGCUGCAUCCACAGAAGAUACCACCACCAAUAACAAGUUCCGACCUCGACUCAACUCGGUCAACUACCGGGUCCUUCUUGAGAAGAACCUAGAAUGUGACUGGUUCCUCAUUGUCGAGAGAAUCGUGUCUGAGAACGACCAACAAGCCUCCAUCUUUCUGCAGCAGAAGCUAAAGGGAGGAAGCGAAGACAUCCGCGAGUCCAUCAUUGACUCAGUCACUAAAUUAUGCAUUCCCCUUGUCACCAACCGCUUUGGAAACUUCCUUGUCCAGCGAAGCAUCGAAUAUGCUAGCUCCCAUAAGCGUGCGCUGUUGGUGAAGCAGAUGGUGGGUCACAUGAGCGAUCUUUCGGUAGAUAUUUUUGGGUGCCAUGUGGUCCAGAAGGCACUCGACUUCACCGACGACGAGGAGCUGAAGCGCCAGCUGGUGGACGACCUGCUGGAGUCGGUGAGUGAUACCAUCAAUCACAAGUACGCUUGCCAUGUGUGGCAGCGGGUGUUCGAGCUGGACAAAGGCAUGCGGUCUCCACACUUCAUGCAGAGUGUGAUUGAGUCGCUGCGAGGCCGAUGGCUUGACAUUUCGUCGAGCGAGUCCGGCAGCCUUGUGAUCCAGACCAUGGUGCAAAACUGCACAUAUGAGGAGCUGGCUCUCAACGACGCCCUGGACGAGAUCUCCUCGGCUGUUAAGGCCCUGGCAGUUUCUCGCUGGGGAAGUUGGGUCGUGCGCCAGCUAUGCAGCAUGAACGGCCCCGGUGGGGAUGCCAUCCGCAGCCUUGUGUACGAAGAGCUUUCCCAUGACCUUUCUACCUACGGACUGGACUAUUCGGCAUGUAGGGUGUUGGAAACCAUUGUGCAGAAGGAUGAUGGCAAGGACGGCAAUGGAGCUCUACGGAAGCGCUAUGUGGAAUGGCUGGCGAAGGGGUCUCGACCGCCCCUCGUUAGCUUGGCACGUGAUUCCAACGGCCAUGUCAUUGUUGUUGCUCUGUUGCAGGCCGGGGUCAAGGAGCCGUUGGAGACCAUCAUUCGCAAGAACUACGUGACUCUGCGCAGCUCCAAGUUUGGUACCAAGAUCUGUCGGAUGAUUUAG